AAAUGUGCAGGAAGCUGAUUUGGAUGAUUCUCUAAGCUGUCCGCAGAGAGCAGGGCUGAGAGGACGAGAGAACGAAGACAUCAGAGAAAGAGAGAGAGAGACAGUUGGAGGAAGUCUGACCAAAGUGUUCGGCCUCUUCCUUCCUCACAGUGAGCUCAGGAAGUGGAGGCAGAAAGAGAGGGGAGGGCUGACAGACUAAAGACUUUUUUCCGCUGCCUCGUAGUUUUUCCCUUUUUCAGUCCUGCUCCGAUCAUUAGGAGGGGAAAAGUGAGGAGGCGGGGUUUUCCAUGGAGCAGACCAGGCGUCGCUCUGUGGAAGCAUGAUGGAGGCCAGCGUCGUUUCCCAGGACUCAGGCCACACAGGCCCUCCAACAGGAGCGCUCAUCUCUUCUUCGUCCUCCUCUUCUUCACUACCUUCUCAGCCUCCAGCCAGGCCAUGUCGGCCCAGACCUCCACCUGCAAUGAUGAAGGCCUCCCAGCUGCCCUCCAGACCUCCUCUGCCACCAACGCUCCCUGCAUCCCUCCUUCCUGCUCCUGCACCUCCUCCUUCUCUCCCCCCUAACGCUCUUCCUCCCUCUCUUCCUCCUCCUCUUUCUCCCACGGUGGUCUCACAAUCUACAGCAGAAUCCUGCGUCUCCUCUGACCCGACCCCCUCCUUUUCACCUCCAUCUGUGUCCAGCGCCCCUCCAGGGCGGCUCAGCUCCAUGGAGAAGCUGCUUGGCAGUGCUUCAGUGUGGCAGCCCAGGGGACUGAGCCAGGAGCGCAUCACGUGUCUGCUGGAGAAGCAGGCUGCAGGAACGUUCCUGGCUCACGGUGCAGAAGACAAGGUCACCAUGAUUUCAGUGCGAGUGCCGGAUGAGCUGGGAGCCCCGUCCGUACGCAGCGUGGCGGUCAAACAGCACCAAUCCUUUCUUCACCUGGAGGGUUCCUCCCUGGUUUUUGACGACAUUUUCAAACUGAUCUCCUUCUACUGUGCCAGCAGAGACGUUCUGGCCGUGCCUUUGAAGUUACCCGCGUCCGUUGCCAUGGCAGCCAGGGAAGAGGACCUGGAGGCCAUUUCUGCCUUGGGUGCAGAUUUCUGGACGUGUGACCCGGAGCAGAAGAUCCAGGAGGAGACCGCCCAGCCCAACAUCUACCUGUACAUCAACCCAGUCACUGUGGAGGAGCAGCUCAGAGCAGGAGGUAAAGCCUCCUCUGCUGCCAGACCAGACUCCAUCCUCAGCGAAGAAGCUACCGGCUCCCUGCACAACGGAGACAGCGCUAAGAAACCAACGCUGCAGGUCAAAGUGCCCAAAAGGCCCCCUCCCCGGCCCCCCAGCCUGAGCUCUGCAACGGGCCUCCUCUUCUCCUCUUCUCCCUCACCCAGAACUCCUACGUCAGUGACUCGAGAAUCUGAGAGGAAAGAGGAAGGAAGAGGAGCAGUAAGCAAGAAAGAAGAGGGGAAGUCCAUGUCAACACCGCCUCCUCCACCCAGGCCUUCUGUCCCCCAGCAGCCGCGAGGAGCUCCACCUCCUGCUCCUCUGCAACGCUCCUCCGGACGGCAGCUCGCAGCGAAAGACGACGCUCACAAUGCUGCCAAGAAAACGGGGGAGGAGGAAGAAGGAGGGAAGGAGAAAAGAGGAGGAGGAGCUGGUCUGCUGGGUGAGGAGGCUGAACGGGAGGAGAAGCUGAAAGGUAGAGAGGAGGAGAAAGAAGCCGUGAUGGGGAAGGAGGACAAACCCAAGAGCAGCUCCCCAUCGUCACCGUCAAAGAAACCGUCCCGCCCGGUCCCACCUCCCAGGACUAAGCCAGGUUCCACCGCUCCUCCUGCGGGCCCCCACCAGACCCCCGGAGGACCCCCCAAUCCCAGAGCGGGGAUAAAGGUCCCCCCCCCGUCCCCCAGCCAGCGCCCGGACGUGUCGCUGUACUCACCGCAGGGCGGCGCCGCUCUGGGAGCCGACCUCGACUCCUGCUCCACCAGCAGCACCGAGGAGGAGGCGGAGCUUAACCAGGAGCAGGAGCCAAACAGGUGUCCUGCAGAAAGUCGCUGCGGUAAAGCCGCCGUCAGGAGAACCCCCACCGUCAUGCUGGACAGAGCCCGCCACCGCCUCUCCACCGUCCUCACUGGACUCAUCUUCCACGACGCCCGCCUCACCAAACGCAUCAUCGAGCUGGCCAGAGACCCUCUGAGCUACUUUGGGAACCUGGUGAAGGAUCACAGAGCUUUCACCUUGGAGACGAUGUCCAAACACGCGACCUCCACGGAGCUGCUGCAGGAGAUCCGACAGAUGAUGACCCAGCUGAAGAGUUACCUGCUGCAGAGCGCCGAGCUGCAGGCCCUGCUGGAGCCUCAGCAUCAGUACACGCAGGACAAGCUGGAGAGCAUCGUGGAAGCUGCUCUGUGUAAAAGCGUUCUGAAGCCGCUGAAGGAGCCGGUCUACAAGAGUCUGGAGAAGCUGCACACGGACGCUGGCAGCAUGAAACAGCUGGCCCAGAACCAGUCUGCGGUCCUGGGCAGCACCACCACGGCGCUGGGCAUCACCACCUCCAUCCCUGAGGCUGCUGCCAUGGAGAAGAUCAGCAUGAAGCUGAGCAAACUGCACCAGGAAUAUUCUCCUCAGAAGAAGAUCGAGCUGCUGCUGAAGACCUGCAAGAUCAUCUACGACUCCAUGUCUGUCAGCUGCCCAGGGCGGGCCCACGGCGCCGACGACUUCCUGCCGGUGAUGAUGUACGUCCUGGCCCGGUCCAACCUGUCCGCCCUGCAGCUGGACGUGGAGUACAUGAUGGAGCUGAUGGACCCCGCCUUAACCCUGGGAGAAGGUUCCUACUACCUGACCACCACCUACGGGGCGCUGGAGCACAUCAAGACGUUCGACCAGCAGAGGUCAGCGACGCGGCAGCUGAGCAGGGAGGUCCAGGACUCCAUCCACCGCUGGGAGAGACGCCGGACUCUGAACCAGGAGCGGGAGGGCCAGGGUUCUGUGCGGGACUUCCUCACCGUCUUCUGUCCUGAGGUCGGUGUCAACCCAAAGACUCUGGGCGUCUUCCCCUCCAUGACCAUCCAGGAGCUGACCGAGCAGUGCGCCGCACGCUUUGAACAAGACUCGUACACGCUCAGCGUCUACAUGGACGACGUCCUGCAGCCGGUGGCUCCUACAGACCUGGCCCUGAGCGUGAAGAGCCGCUGCCAACCCGGCGCCUACUGCUUCAUCUUCCACGCCAUCGACCAACCCAGCAGCCCGCAGGUCCGGACCCUCCCCACUGAGCCGCCGCCUCCGCUGCCUGCUGAGAACCUGCUCACAGCUGACCAGAGGAACAUCAGGCCAGCAGAGACCAAGGAGGAGGAGGAGGAGGAGGAGGAGGAGGAGGAGGAGACUCUAAUUAAUCUUUAAGCCCUCCACAACCAGAGCAUCAGGGUGGCAGCUCUGUAAUGAACCUCAGGACUCACUUCAGAUGUGAUGGUCAGAACCACAGAUGGAGAUCAGCGGGUCUGGAACCCCGGCGACGAGUCAACCACCUGUAAUCAUGUCUAUUCUGUGUAUAAUCAAUGUGAUGCAGCGCUCAGGUUCAGGCUGGUUCUGAUCCCUCGGGUCAGAACCAGCCUGGACCAGUUCAGUGAUCCUCGCUGUAACAGAAAGAAAUAAAGUCACAGUGAAAGACCUGAAA